UCCUUUGUUGUCCUGUCUCGGUCCCAGGCAACACCGCCAAACCAGACCUCCACAUCCGGACAACCACUUUUACAACCCCAAACUGUACCUGCUACAGACGAGAAACAGUGGCAAACCCAACGCAAUAAUAAUUUAACCCAUCGGCUCAGGGUAGCAAAGCGAUUAUUUGAUCUCAUGUCAUCAAAAUCAAGUGUGGAUCAUCCUAUGUGCCACGAGUGCACCGAUAUGCUUUUGGAGAGUCUGGAAAAACAAUUAGAAGAUGUGGGGCGAGAAAGGGAUUAUUAUAUUGAUUUUCUCAAGAAAGUAAAGGAUGGGAAAGUAAGCCAAGAUGAAGAAAAAGAACUUGUAAAACAAGUAAAAGAUCUUGUAGUGCAAGAAGAAAAAGUGACAGAUCUCUUGAAAGAAGAAGAAGAUAAACGAGAUGCACUGGCAAAACAGCUUGCAGCAAUGGAAGAAGAGAUGAAGGAAUUAAAUAAACGGGAUGAGGCAUUUUGGGAAAAGAGUAAUUCAUAUCAACUCAAACUGCAGAGUUUUCAAAAUCAACGGGAUUCUAUCAAUUUGAAAUACGAUCAUGAUGUGAAACAGUACGAAAGACUCCAAAAGACAGUUGUUUACAACGAUGCCUUUUCAAUCUCACACGAUGGGCCAUUCGGAACUAUUAACGGCUUCAGACUUGGUAGGCUUGGCUCCCAUUCGGUAGAGUGGGCAGAAGUUAAUGCAGCUUGGGGGCAAACAUUGUUACUACUGUACACUGUAGCCAACAAACUUAAAUUCCAGUUCCAAACGUAUCGUUUGGUGCCCAUGGGGUCAUUCUCAAGAGUUGAAAAGAUUGACGGUGACAGCGUACUGUCUUAUGAACUGUACGGCUCAGGUGACUUUGGGAUCAACCGCAUGUUCCUCAACCGUCGGUUUGACCACGCAAUGGUUGCCAUUCUCAACUGCCUUAAACAACUCACAGAUUUUGCUGAAGAAAGGGACAAGAGUCUGCGAUUGCCUUAUCGAAUUAACAAGGACAAGAUUGGUGAAUUGUCUAUACGUCUUCAAUUCAACCAAGAAGAACUCUGGACAAAGGCACUAAAAUACAUGCUAACCAACAUGAAAUGGAUUCUUGCCUUUGCUAGUCGCACUAUUGUCACAGCCGAUGCUCCCACUCCUUCUACCUAA